AUGUCUAGUUGUCACAUCGGGUGGAUUGUCUCCACGUUUACUGACUUCUCAACCGCUGAGCAAUUUCUCGAGGAUCCAAGUCCGCAAGGGUUAUGGGAAGGUACAAUCUACAGAAUUGGAAGAAUCGGACAGAGCCAAGUGGUGCUAGUAUGUGCCGCUAUGAAUGAGAGUGUAUACAACACAGCACGGCUUAUGGUUGAGAAGCUUCGAUGGGAACAUAUAGAGCUCUCAUUAUGUUUUGUUAGCACCUUUGGUUAUUCUCCGAGCUUUUACUGCCAACCUGCCCUUGGCGACUGUGUUUUAAGCCUCCACAACUUUGAUUCAGGGUUUUAUCAAAUCUCAGGGAGAAACGUUACAGAAACAAGCCUAAACAAUGCGGCUUUCCUUCUUCGAGCUGCGAAGAACGUUGUUGACCAUCAGACGGGAUACCCCACCAGCGACAGCACAACGGGCUACAUCCGACUUGAGUAUAACCCGGAGGAAGCGGAUAUCGCACGGUACCUCUGCUGCUCGCAAGGGUUUGACUUAAUACCAUGCCUGUCAGUUACUGGCAUUUGUGGACACGGUAUGGGCGACGAUGAUGUCAACUGGGUUCCCUUCGCGACCCAGGCAGCUGCGGUUACUAUUUCGAGCAUUGUUACACGACUUGGCCAGUAA